GUAAUAUUGAGGUCAUUGUUCUCGGAUUGCAUCAUGGUCCUUGUUGUGGAACGCAUGUCGACUUCAGUGACAUGGCGAAAAAGAAACUCAAAAUAAACCAAAAUCUGUUCGGUUUGAUUUGCUUGAAAUAGCAAAAAAAACAACAUCGUGCUCUAUUCCGGUGCCUCGAUACAUCGCGAAGGUCAUGGCCUGGCGAAGUCUGGGAGAGUUGAACGAGGAAAUGGUAAAGAAUUUCAAGCAAUUGUCGAUCAUAUCCAGCGCCGUAGUUGAAAGUGCCUUCCUAAACGUACCCAGAGCGGCGUUCUUGCCCGAAUAUUUACACGACGAUGCCUAUGGGGAUUAUCCUGUCCGAGGCGACGAUCACUUGCAUAUGAGUGCCCCACAUAUGUACGCUACAGUCUUAGAAGCAUUAGACCUAAAAGAAGGGAUGUCAUUUCUAAACAUAGGUAGUGGAACGGGAUAUUUCUCAAUGUUAGCUGGGUACGUAAUAGGAUCUCAAGGGGUCAAUCAUGGUGUAGAGUUGCGAGCGAACCUUGUCGAACAUGCGAAUGAAUGCUGUGAGGAGUUCUUUAUGUAUUCCCCAAAGUUGAAGAAAAAGAUAUGCUAUCCUCAGUUUAUUCACGGCAAUUGUUUUCACAUUGAUACAACUGUGCAAAAGUAUGAUCGACUCUACUGUGGUGCUGCUUGUCCACGGGAAAGAUUUGAUUUUCUCCUUCAUCUGGUUAAACCGAAAGGUCUGGUGGUUGUGCCAAGUGGUAAUAAGCUCCUGAAAUUGGAACGACUGGAUCCUUCUGGUGUGAAUGAAAAUGUCCUGAGCGAUGUGUGUUUUGAGUCUCUUGUGCUGCCUGUGGAUAACGAGCUUUUCCCUAAACUAAGAUUCGCUUCUCUUAAACAAAAAGCAAAACAGAUAAAGAUAUACCCAGCGCCCGGACUCCUUGUCCCAAAGUCCUCGGCUAGAAAAUCAUUAUCAAGAAUACGAGCGCUUCAGGAUGUUGUUGAAAGCUUAACACAGUCUGGUCGGAUUCCAAAGCCAUUCUCGUAUGUUCCAUCCUUUACUCAAAUCUCCCAGCUGACACGAACGCCUGAAUCGCCAACACUCGGUGUUCCUUCGUCUAACCCGGUUGAUCAGGUAGUAACAUUCUUCGACAAAAAGCCCAAGGAUUCAUCUUACAGCAAGACGAACUCGGCCGGCUCCGAACAUGUCGAUUCCCUUUGGAACGACCUGCAAUACGACACGACUUGGGAGAAUGCGGUAGACUUCACGUACUCAUUGUGUAGCAACGACAGAGAAAAUAGAGAAAAAUGCUUUCAGUUGUACACAAAGAUCAAGCGAAAGCCGAAGAGGAAAUCUCGACCAGUCGGAGUGAAUGGGGGUUCAGAGAACGGCUUGUUGUCGAACGUUAAGACGAUUUUACAGAAAUAUGAAGAUUUAGUCGAUGAAAAGGAAACGAAAGCUGGAGCGAUUGUGACCAAACACGAGAAUAAAUCCUCAAAACAAAGGCUGGUGCAAAAUGACAGCCCUUGCUGUUCGAAUCAGUCCGCCAAGAACGACGGUGAUAUUUCGCGGCUUUUUGGACAACUCGAGGUUUACGGUGAUCUCCUUACGAUCGCUGAGAAGGCCAUUGAUUUGAAAAUUGAAUCACAGGAUGAUGAGAAUAUAAGUAGAACUAAUUCUGACGCAAAUGUUAAACAUUCCAUGGAAAAUCGGUGGGGCGGUGAAACGGUGGGGCAGAAUAUUGGAACUUCUAGGAAGAAUUCGGGUACCAGCGAUGUCCUUCGCCCCAGAGAUAAUUGUCCUGGGGAUAAUUGUCCUGGGGAUAAUUGUCCUGGGGAUAAUUGUCCUGGGGAUAAUUGUCCUGGGACGCGUGGUAACAAAGCAGAGAUUACGAACAAUGGUAGAAAACCCUCGCUACAGGGAAGAGCCGAGAAUAAGCCAUGUUCUGUAACCUCGCGAGGAAAACAGUUUUGCCCGAUUGAAUUAGACGAGGUUUUGACCAACGAAUUACAAUUGCUCCCCAGUCCAAAUUGGACCUGCGAAAAUGAUACUGAGCUGGUGCAGUUGUUGGUGACGUCACUAGGAGGGGUGUCCAGCAAAUUCAGUAGCAAGUGUCUACCAAAGCACAUCUCGGUCGUGCCUAGUUUGUUCACACCGUCUGCCCUAGCGCGGUACCCGAAGAUCGCCUCGUGUCCAGCAGAGUCCCUGACAUUCCGCGCUCUGGCAUUACUACGUGUUGUGCACGUGAUCGAUUGCGUCAUCCCGUUGCUAUGCAGCACGUCAACUAAUGUCGACCUUGUUACCAGACCUGUUACGAACAAACCAUAUCCGCUGGCAUCCUUCACCGUGAGCUCGUUCAAUUCACCUGUGUCCCAAGAUGAACCUGUUAUCCACAUCCAUCCCCGUUCUAAAAAUGAAGCUGACAUCUACUUAACAAAUGGAAUUAGAAAUAUCCAAAGACGCAAGGGGUGUUUGAAGAAAAAGCUGGCCCUUCGUGAAAGUCUAACAGGAAGAUUCAAAGAACAGCAGUUUCUCAUUAAAAAACAGAUGCAACUGUUCGACGAACAGAAGAUCAUGAUUGAACACGCGGAAUCUCAAGCGAAACACAUGAGCACAGGCGAACUGGAACAGUUCCACCUCGUGCAACAACGCAUCACAGAACACAAGCUGAAGCGAAACGAUAUCGUGGACAAACAAACGGAAAUCGCAAAAGAAGACCAGAUGAACGAACAAGAGUUGAUCGAACUGAGACAGCAAAUAAAACGUUUGGACAAAGAAGAAGAAAGGUUUAAACAGUUUGUGGAGAACUUGGGUCGAAUUGCGAACAAAUCCAGUCAAAAGAUGGACUUAAAUGAAACCAAAAAACCUUAUUUUCCGUGGACUCUGGAAUCGAAGAGAGAGAAAUCAAAUGCAAGUCGUAUAUUGUCGUGUUUACGUUUCCUUCUGCCAUUGUCCAAUCGCCGUACUGGGAUCUUGAGUGAGCUGUUAAGGGCCACGGAGCAGCCUCUGCCCGAACAAGCUCCGGUCGUUUACGUCGAUCGGCGAGCGUGCGUAAAGCAGAGGUUGGAUAACCCCGCCACGUCAGUAUUUUAUCAAAUUUUCGAAUCGCUGAAAGCUGAGAAUAUGAGUUUCAGGUGGAAUAAAAGAAAAUGUGAACAAUGGUGGGAGGUGAAGUUUGUUGGAGAGGGAAUAAUUGACCAGGGUGGUGGUUUCCGAGAUUCAUUGUCGGAGAUUUCGGAUGAAUUGUGUCCUCAAGACGACGACGUUAACAAGACACUUCCUCUGCUAAUAAAGACUGUUAAUAACAGGGAUCAGGUUGGCGAUCACCGUGAUUGCUUCAUUCCCAACCCAUCAUGCAAGAACAUGAAAGUUUUCCAUUGGCUGGGGAGGUUAAUGGGAGCUGCUUAUCGCAGUGACGAGACCCUGGCGCUGUAUUUCCCGCCAUAUGUUUGGAAACUAUUGGUUGGUGAGCAUGUCACGUGGACUAAAGACUUUGCCAACGUCGAUGCCCUCGCUGUGAACAUGAUCAACAACUUUGAAUCGAUGAAGAGGGAAGAAUUUGAUGCAACGUACGGAAAAGAUCUCGACUUUACUACGGCGUUUAGUGACGGUACGAUAGAAUCUGUCAAGGAAAAUGGCCAUCAAUUGCUGGUCGAUUAUGAAACGAGACUAGAAUAUUGUCAACUUGUGAAGAAGAGUAGGAUGAUGGAGUUUUUGGAUCAGAUCACAUCCAUCCGCGAUGGUUUUCUCACCGUCAUUCCGCAGUCAUUACUAGAAUUGAUCACAUCACAUGAACUUGAGAGAGGUGUUUGUGGUUUCAACGAAAUCUCCAUGUCUUUACUGAAAGAAUCAAUUCACUAUGGCGACGAACUGUCUUCUGACUCGGAGUGUGUAGCUCAGUUGUGGAAGGUGUUAGAAAAUUUUACUGCCGACGAUCGCAGUCGGUUUCUUCGCUUCGUAACCGGCCGGAAACGACUGCCAGCGUGUAUCACGAUUUCUCAGAUGUGUGGCGAGAAAGAUACUUUACCCGGGGCCUCAACUUGUGCCAGCACUUUGAUGCUUCCCUCGUAUUCAUCUGUUGAAGUGGCCGAAAAGAAACUUAGGUAUGCUAUUUACAACUGCGUUGAAAUCGACACAGACACGAGUCCUUGGUAAUCGUUCGGAGUUUUGAAAAUUAUAUAACUUUACUACACAUGGAGUUUAUACAUUCACGUCCUAAUACUAAACAAGAAACGAGGCUAAGAGCGCAGGCAAGCAAGAAUUACAUGAGGAAGAUAAAUCUCAAAUUAGCUACGAAAUGCAAUGAUAAUAAUCCCAAUAAUGUAUGUAUGUUGUGAUGUUUCGUGCCCGUCGCCUGGCAAUGGUUUGUGGUGUUUUGCCAUUCGCAACCAAAGUUAAACCUGUUAGAUGGUUCAGAAUAUGGCAAAAUAUACUCGAGUCAGUUAUCAUUGGUGGAUAUCCUUGAUUGAUAUGUCGACUGAACGUAUACUGCUGUUCUAAAGACAUAUAGUUUGAUGAUUUGUUGCAGUUCAACCCAGGCGCAAGGUUGUGGAAAAUUUUGGCUCCAUAUCAAAUCCUUGAUUUUGUGUUCAAUAUAUAUCUCGCUCGAAUUACGAUGUUACGUUAAACAUAUCUUUGCCUCGCACAAGGGACAAUUAGGACCGUUUCCAGGACGUUAAAUAAAAGUUGAAAGGCUAGCUUGUGUGCAUGCAAUGGUGGAUCAACUCUUUCAAGCUGUAUUGCUCUCUGAAGAUUUCUGCACUAAUUCUUAUUUAUUGAAUGGAAAUAUAUAUUAUUCUAAAAUUUUGUACGACGGUUAUACAGUAUAUAAAAUUGUGUAUAAAAUACAUU